GUUGAGAUGUAGAUGGGGAAUGCGAUCCUGAUCAGUAGGUACCAAUUUGUACAAUCUUUCUGUAGUUCCAUCCGUUAUCAAGUGUUUUGUCAGACCUAUCCUCCCGCGCCGCCCCAAGUGUGAACAAUGACCAUGCUCGUGCUCGGCUUACUUUUACUUCAUUUCUCGUAGUUCGCUCAUCUACGCAGGCCAAGAAUCACGAUGAUGAAAAAAAUGACGUCCUCGCUCAUUCCCCCACCCGGGUCCUCACCGUUAGUGUCUGUGCAAUGGGCAAAGGAAAAGUUAGCGGCUUCCAUGGCCGCGUCUGCGACUGCCUCGUCUCCUGCUGGAACUACAUCAACCCGCGAUGCCCCCUAUCAACUGUAAAAGUGUCUGGGUCUGGAAGGAUUCAACUUGUCAUGCUGAUUUUGGAUCCUAAAAAAAUCUGUAUUGCAUGAGCAGCAAAGAGAGUCCUGUCCAAGUUUUGCUACACGGAAAGAGCAUUUGUCAUGCGGUAUAGGCAUCAGGAAGCCCUCACAAAAUCUGUGAUGCUAGGGCAUGCAUCACAGACAUCAGGAGUCAUGCAAAAUGUGCAUGACAAACCUGGCAAUCUUCCAGACCCAGACAUUUUUACAUUUGAUACCCCCACGCUCGUCUUCGUCGAUGCGACGUGGUAUUUGCCCAACUCCCCCUUCGCUUGCCCGUUCGCGGCCGAGUCGGCGAAGUCGCUUUACCAAAACUUCAACCGAAUAGUACCAAAUUCCGCCUUUCUCGACCUGGACGAGUGCGCGGACGAGAAAAGCGAACUACCCCACAUGAUGCCGAGUAGAGACGUGUUCGAAAACUACAUGCGGUCUUUGAACAUCAGCACGGAAGACUCGAUCGUCUGUUACGACCGGCACGGCUUGUUUUCGGCGGCGCGGGCUUGGUACAUGCUGCGGUUCUUUGGGCAUAGGAACACUUUUGUGUUGGACGGUGGCUUGCCGGAGUGGGUGGAGGCCGGGGGUGACGUUGCUGAAGGGAGUGUAGCUGGUACAACUGCCAGAACAACUGGAACCACAGUCGCGAAACCAGUGGAGGAGUACACAACUGUUGGAGGAACAACCUCAUCUGCGGAACAAACGAACGCCGAAAAGGAAAACAAAUCCGUCGCAUCCCUGGCGGAUAUUCAGGAAAUCACCAGCUGCACUACUGACGAGCAGGAAAGAACCUCUCUACAAGAUACCACGACGAUCCUGGACGCCCGUCCGGCUGGGCGGUUCACGGGAGAAGCGGCGGAGCCGAGGGCCGGAAUGCGGAGUGGACACAUUCCGAAUUCAACAAAUGUGCCGUUUCUGGAGUUGUUGGACGUGAGGGACCACGAGGAAGCAACUACAACUUCUACGAAGGACGGUCUGAAGAUGAUAUCAUCUGCACCGACAAAGCGAACGAAAUUGAAAUCGCCGGGAGAAUUGAAAAAAAUUUUUAACACAAAGAAUGUCGAUGUAGAGAAGCCCUUCGUCGUUACCUGCGGCUCCGGCAUGACAGCCUGUAUUGUUGCCUUGGCCGCGGAGGUGGUGUGCGCGCAUGAGGGGAAGGCAAAACCGACAGUGUCGCUUUUCGAUGGAAGUUGGCUGGAAUAUGAAAAGAGCGGGCUACCGGUCGCUACUAGUACCAGUAACUCAUAAUUGUCCGCAUCGUAGAAAAGCAAAAGCUCUGCUGUAGACACACGCGGCUCUUUUAUUUUUGCAACAUUCUACUUCUGCGCAAGAUGCACCUUGUUGUGUUUUUCUUUUGGUCCGGAAGAAAAAAACCAGGUUUAUUUCCAAUGUCACAACUCCGAUCGCAGAUUCCCCGACCCCCGGGAUAGCUACUGUUUCAGUUUCUCACGUCGUAUAAAUAUUGAUUGUCG